AAACGACGUAGUUUAAAUCAAUCGUUUGGCCUUUUUAUCCUCAGACACACUAACAAAAACCCUAGUCAGGUUUGUGCUUGCGCCACUUUGCCGCCGUCCCUAACCAGAGAGCUCCCGCAGUUUGCGAUCGGAUUUCAUGGCUCCAAAGAAGGACAAGGCUCCCCCACCAUCAUCGAAGCCCGCCAAAUCUGGUGGUGGCAAGCAGAAGAAGAAGAAGUGGAGCAAGGGAAAGCAAAAGGAGAAGGUGAAUAACAUGGUUCUGUUCGAUCAGGGUACCUAUGACAAGCUCCUCUCUGAGGCACCCAAAUACAAGCUCAUUACUCCUUCCAUUCUCUCUGAUCGUUUGAGGCACCGUGAUUCUGUUAUUUUGCGCCCAUGGUUCUACACUCAAAACACGAAAUUUGUGAUUCUCCAUGUUCUUUGACUGUCUUUCUUAAUUCUCAAUAAUCCAGAUUCAAGAAAUUAAUGGAUCACUUGCAAGGAAGGCUAUAAGAGAAUUGAUGGCUAGAGGUUCAAUCAGGAUGGUGUCUGCUCAUGCAAGUCAGCAGAUUUACACUAGAGCUACAAACACCUAGAUGUAGUAUUGAUGCACCGCUGAGUAAUUUUGUUUUUCAGUUUGAGACAUACCAGCAUCAGUUUGACAGUGUUGCUAAAUUCAUGGUUUAUUUCCUUUUACAUCCUUGGUAAUAUAUUUGACACAAGGCUUUUUCAUAUUUUA